AUAAUGAUAAUAUCAUCAUUAAAUUAUCUCGGAACAUAAGAAGUAGAGAAUAAUUAAUAAGUCGGUUUAUAUACGAAAACAGGCAUAUAAGGAAUAUAAAAACGUCGAGAAUAAUAAAACGCCCAUCUUUGCUAUUUUCUUAGAUUUUUCUUAACUUAGAUCAGAUUUUUUUUUUGUUAAAAAAAAAAAAGUAUAUAAAGCGACGGUGUUAUACCUUGGCAUUGUUUCCGCUGAUGUUCGGCCACAUCCUCAACCCGACGGGUAAGCGCUCGCCCCACAAGAUCCUCCGCAAGAAGCUCAUCGGCGACAUCAAGAACGACGACCCCCUCGUCGUCGCCCGCGAAGAGAAGGAGCGGUUGGCUAAAUUUGAAAUGUUGAAGCACCGUGGAAAGGGUCCACCAAAGAAGGGGCAGGGAAGGCAUGCUGUUAAGCGCAAUAAAUAAUUACACCAUCUUAACUUUUUUUUAAUUUUAUACAUGAAUCCUCUUGUUCAAACAUUGAAGGGGUCUGUAUUAGGUUUUCAUUCCUGAUUGUUGAUCGCAAGGAUCGAUUCUCAACAUAAUUACCCCUUUUUGUUUCAGCUAAUGUACUGAAACCUUCGUGCCACUUUGUACUUGGAGAUGACAUUGGCAUUGAAUUGCUAUCAAAAUCUUCUCAUCCGUUGUAUGGAUGUGGGGGGCAGUUCUCAUCAUCCACAUUCAAACUAAAGCUCAUUUAUAUGAGACAUCAGUAAACAAUUGUGAUUCGCCUGUGCUUUGUGGUGUUUGAUCAUGAAAUCUAUGGGGAGGAUGAUGUAUUCCAGAGUUGCCAAUUUGGAGUUAAUUUUAAGAUGGUGAUCUGGUGAAGAUGAAUGUGAUAACAGAUGUUUCGAUAUAAUUCAAUACUAGGCUCUCCAUCAAUCUAAAUUUUACCAUUAAUCUUUAAAUUCAGCAUAAAUUUUUAAAUUUAGCAUGUUUCAUGAGUCCUCUGUGAAGCAGUUACAUUGCAUUAGGUUGUUAGCAUCCAGAUGAGUGUAUGGUUGAUCAUCAAUAGGGCCACACACCCAGACCCAGGUCACCAAGCAAAUUGUUACAAGAGAUAUAUAGUCAGCUUCUUUAGUAAUGGAUUCUUGAUUUUAAAAGAAAAAGAAAAAGAAAGUUCACAUGAUUUUUUUUCUUUUUAAAAAAGUAAUUCUCUGCUCCAUUUUCCUUCAUUUGGAAAGCAGGUUUUUCUUCCCUUCUUUCUUUUGAGUAGAAUGAAACAUAUGAACAAGAGAUUAGACUAGAAAGAUGAUAUGAAGAUUUCCCCCAUAGGUGUUUUCAAUCAAUUCUUUAACUAGCAGGUUUGGAAUCAAAUAGGAAUUUU